AUUUUACGGUGUUUUCGGUAAAAUGUGAGUUUUUGGGCUGAAACCGGAGCGAAGCCGAGCAGAGAAGAACCGUUUUAUCAUGACCGGAAAGAUUUAACCUGACAGGACGCUCCAGCAGAGCUUCCGUCCCGCCGACGAGAUCAGCAGCAGAACCAGAACGUUUGUCCUCCCUAAGAGCCAUGGGCCGGCUGGAUGACGCUGCCAAACACAAGGUGGUGGAGCUGCGGAAGGCUGGUCUGAGUUUCCGUAAGAUCAAAGCUGUGCUGGAGCUGGAGAACAUCAAGGUGUCUGCUCAGGCCAUCUACCUGUUCCUGAGGGAGUUCCAGGGGAGGCCUCCAGGGCGGGUGAGGCCUGCGGAGGCUGGAAGCAGCUCAUCUCCAGCCCAGAUGCAGCCUCGAACCGGGCCGAUGCAGGAGAGCUGGAGCGGCGUUCAUCUGCAGAACCUGCUGCGGGACUCGUCUCACCACGCCAGCUUCACACCUGCAGACGUUCCCAAACAGACUUCUACAAAUUCAGAAGCUGGUGCAAAUUCAUCUGGACCUGCAGAGAACGUCGGAGGCAGUCAGUCAGAACAGCAGCAUGAAGGAAACAAGGAGGAGAACGACAUCCAGAUCGUCAGCGUCACGUCUCUGGCCCAGCAGAGACCUCAGGCCUCCAGGCUGGAGGCAGGAGCUGCUUCCGUGAGGAGGAGAGUCACGCCUUCUCCAGCCACCAGCUCCAUGCUGGCGGCUAGAAAGAGACUCCUGGAUAAAGCUCUGUCCCACCGGAUGAAGUCCUUCCACCAGGUGGCGUCCUUGUUGAGGAGGGAUCAGUCCAGUGUCCCGGGUUCUGAUCUGAGGUCUGCUCUGCCUGAAACCUAUGAUCUGACCUCUGACAAGAUGGUGGUGGAGGCCCAGCCUGGAGGUGGCAGACGUUUCCUGACCCAGAGACCAGGUCUGUCUGUGCGUUCCCUCCACCCUCCUCCUCGGGUUGGGAUCCGUCUUCCAAACCGGCCGCUGGCAGCGUUGGUGUCCUCCGGUCCUGGAGCCGCCGUGAUCCGCCUCCAGGCCCCGGGCCGCAGCGAGGGGAACUCCAGUCCUCAGCAGGCGGUCCAGGACGGAGCAGCCAGAGGUCUGCCGGACCAGAUCCAGGCGCUGGGUUCAGAGGUGCGCAGCCUGAGCCUGGCGGUGAAGAUGCUGGUGGAGCAGCAGUGCCGGCUGGAGAGGGAGCAGGUCCAGCAGACGCAGGUCCAGAAGCAGAUCCUCAGCACCCUCCAGACCCUGGCCUCCAAAGUUGGACAGUGUAGCAGCGUUCAGCAGCAGCAAACCAAAACCCCGUCCCCCUCUGCUGCCCCCUCCUUCAGCCAGGACUCCUUCAGCUUCAGCCAGAGCUCCUACGCCCAGAGCCAGACCUUCAGCCCUCUGGAGGCUCUGGAGACUUCAGAGGGCUUUAAACUGCCUGGACUGAGUCCCGCCAGCAUGAACGGGUUUCCAGCUUGUAGCAGCGCUGAGAGCCUCCCCCUCAACCACUCCUCCCCCCAGCCUCAGCCGUACUACUCCCAGCAGAGCAGCCUGAUGUCCUACAGCCAGCCCUACUCCACCUUCAGCCAGCCCCAGACCUUCAGAGCAACUCACAGCAAGACGUCUGACUUCAGCAGCUGUUCAGGGAGCAGGUUCCAGGACUGCAGCGUGUCGACGGUGAGCCUGAUGACGUCUCCACAGCCGACCCAGGACCAGCAGGUCAGCAGCAUCAAGGUGGAGGGGCCGUAGGAGGUCCAGAUGUCUGGGACCAGAAGGGUGGAGGGGCCGUAGGAGGUCCAGAUGUCUGGGACCAGAAGGGCUGAGACGGCUUCAUUGGACUGGUGGUUGUCAAGGCUCGUGUUUUUAACCAAUAAUGUAGCAUUUUUUAACUAAUUUAUUUCCACAGUGAAUUUUCAGACAUGAAAAGCAAUAGAAUAAAAAGUGAUUCCAGAUUUCUGUCCCUAGAACGGUGUCAGACUGUCUGCUGAUUUCAUAAUAAAGAGCUGAUUUAAAA